AAUGAAGACUAGCUCCUUUAGAUCAAAACUAAAUGCUUCUAAAUGUGAUGAUUUGGAUAAUCAAAAUACUUAAGUAAUACAUAUAACAAUUAAUUUAAGAAUUUGAUCAAACUUACAUCUUAGAUAGAAAGACUUACUUAAGUAUUAAAUAUGAAGAAUGAUGAAGUUGAGAUGUUGACAAAAUAACUUGAUCUUUAAAAAUCAUGUGCAAAUCCUAAAGAAAUUGAAGACUUGAUUACUGUAUAUAUCUAUAAUUAAUUAUUAGACAGUUGAAGAAUAAACUAAGGAAAUUGAAAAAUGGGCAGAUAAAUAUAAAAAAUUACAAUAAUAAACUUAAUAAUUAGAAUAAAAGAAUAUUGAAUAAGAACAAAUUAUUAGAUUACUAUAAAAUAAUAAUACUUAAUAAUACAUCAAUACAAAUGAUAUUGAAUAAUCUUCUAAGGAUAUUUAAUCAAAAAGGAUUUAUCAAAGUAAUAUUAGAAAAGUAGAUGAUGAAGAUUUGAAUUAUGUUAAUACUCAAAAACUUUAGAAGAAAUAAGAUGAAAUAAAUCAAUUAAAAUUCUAGUUUUCUUAAUUGUAAUAAGAAUUAAUAAAUGAAAAAUAAUUACAUAGAGAAUUAAUUGCUGCAGAAGAAUCUAGAAUUAGAGAAUAAGAAAGAAAAGCAUUUAAUUAAUAUAAAUAAGACACAUAAAAUUAAUUAAUUUUAUAUCAAAAUUAAAUUAAUGCUUUACAAAAUAUGUUAGAAAAUUUACAAAAAAAAGAUGUCAAUCAAUCUUAAAUUAAAGAAUUAAAUCAACAAUUUCCCGAUAGAAACAAAAAUAUUAAUUUAUAUAAUAAUGAUAUUCAAAAUGUAUAAGAAGUUACAAGAUAAUCAUAAUUUAAAAUACCAUAGAAAGAAUAAGUCAGUCAAAUAUAAUAUUAGAAAAUUGAUACUGUUCCAAUUUAUCCAUCUCAGUCAUAUAGAAUAGCUCCUUUGGAGAACAACUCUUUUUCUCUAGAAAGUGCUCCAAAUGAAUCCUAACUCAAUCCUAAUAAGAUUAAUUAGAUUUAAGAUCAAAUUAAUUAAACAAUGGCUUAAAUUGAAAAAUCCAUUCUAUAAGUUGAUAUGAUGAAAUAGACUAAUUAAAUACAUUAGAAAAUAUUUCAAGAGUAAAUAUAUUCUACCGUUUCUAAUCCUUAAAUGAAUUCUUAACCUCCUCAAUAUUUACCAAGUUCUAAAUACUCAGAUAAUUAGAAUUCAAUCUCGUACAUAGGCUAGAAGUAAUCAAAUAAUUUUAAUUAAUUUAAUUAAAGAUAGAAUUUUUGA